UGGUUAUUUGGAAAAAAACUUUUCUAUCCGAAUCUGCACUUUGUCCAAAAUACUUCAAAAAGUCAUUAAAAGCGACCACUGUUCUGAAUUUUUUUCCCCCACUAAGAAUAAUUUUCACAGAAAUGAUAACAGGUUUGGAAUCACACUUCGUAUCCCAGUCAAUGACAUCAUCACAACCAAUAACGCAUCCUAAAUAAUAUGAUGCGAUUUCGUCUUUACGGAGUGCAUUGUAUGGUGAACUGUCAGAGAAUAUCUUCGUUUCUAAAAACAGAUGGUGUUUUCAUAUAAAACAGAGCAAUUCAUAAGUAUUUCCUUUCUAAAGCAUGGUGUCUUUGUCGUCAUAUGCAUAUGUUGAUAUGCUUGUGCACAACAUGGUGUAAUGCACAACUAAGAAUAAUUUCCACCGAAAUGAUAACAGAUUUGAAAUCAAUUUUUUGGUGCAGAAUUCGGCGCUGAUUCCAACAAAUAAUUCCAACAGAUUUUCCAAUUCUAAUGAAACCAUCAUCUCUUCUACCACAGACUUUCGGACAAGAUUAUCAUAGUAGGCAACGUGACAGUUCGACGACACCUCAAUGCGCGAUCAGAGCUGCUUACUUCAGCUUGUGCUAGAAACGCGAGCGCUAAUAAACGAGACAGAAGUAGACGACCUUUCAUGCUUUAACAGCGUUUCAGACAUACUAGAGAGGGAUAUGAGUUAGACUGAGUUGUUUGAAAAUUAAGCAGACGUUAAAUUUAUACAUAGUGAGAUCUAAAGCUGUUGAUUAGUGUAAAGUUUACCUUCCCUUUUUUUCUGUUGACAGGAAAAACGCCUUAUUUACCAUUCUGAUUCGUGAUGACAGAAAGAUGUUUUCAAGUAAAUCCAGCGUUCUCAUAUUUGUAGUACAGUUAAAAUAUUAAUUUUAGACUGCAAUGUGGAUCAUAUUAGGUGUUUCAUUCCUACAAUGGUCUCUAUCUCAAACCGUUAGUACGCGGAAAACUACAUAAUUGUCUUUCCUAAAGAAAAGGAAGAAUAUAUCUACUGUGUCUAACUAUAGUACUAUACAAUUAAUAAAAAAUGAUAUCACUAUUCUAGAAAAAAGAAAACACAAAGGGAAAAUUCCAAACAGAGGAAAGCACAAGAGUUUCAUAAUAUCUAUAUAAACUAGUAGAUUAUCGCAUACUUGGGAACUAAUAGUUUCUUUGUUUUCUAAUAUUCUUACAGACAAAUUACAAAAUGAACAACACCUUUUUCUUCUGAUUUUUAUUUUCUUUGGUGGUGGAACUGUUGUUCUUACGGAACGAACAUUUCGGUUGGAGAACAAAUGCAGUCAAACAAUUUGAAUGGGUAUUCAAGGUAAUCCUUUAGUUGAAAAUGGAGGAUUUGAAUUGACUAGUGGACAGUCAAAAGAGAUUCGUGUACCAGACAAUUGGGAAUCAGGACGAAUUUGGCCGAGAACAGGUUGCAAAGAUAUUGAUGGAAGAUUCAUAUGUGCUACAGGUAGUUGUGGUGCUGCAGCUGAUAAUUUCGGAAUGGAAUGUAAAGGAAUUGGACGUGAAAGACCAGCAACCAUUGCUGAAUUCACACUCAGUGACCAUGCAGGGAAUGAUUUCUAUGAUUUGAGUAAUGUUGAUGGUCAUAAUAUUGGUAUGUCAAUUCAUCCGACACAAG